AUGGUGCACGGUCUCGAAUUUUCCCCCUCAUCUUACGCUUGCUGCGCUGACAAGUUCGAAAAAGAUUUGGCCUGGGAGGAACCACGGUUGGAAGACACAAUCAUCUACAAGUACAAUAAAUUCAUUAUGGAAAGUACUGGAACGACGACAAACCCAAACGAUAAAGUUCCAUGUGAACAUUGUGGGAAGGUAAUUAAGAACACGUUUCCCAAGGAUCAAAAAGCCCUUUGCGCCAUGUGCCAUGCCGGCAAUCCUGAAAUUGAGGGGCGCUGCUGCAAGUGUUCGAACGUCAUGAGCUGGCACUACAUCCCAUGUGACGAAAUUCCCGCCAGGGUCCGGAGGACAACGAUGCGCUACCGCGAAGGAGUCACACUGAAGAGAGACAUUUUCGGCGGCACAAAGUGCGUGGAUUGCGGGUUGGCCCACGACCCUAGCCACCUGUUUCGAUGCACCGAAUGCGCCUACGCGAUUGUAUGCGAAGCUUGCCUGCUCUCGCGGCAUCGAUUCCACACAGCAUUGCGGGAGGCUGCUGAGGACUGGAAACUUUUGGCGAAGCAAAAUGAGGAACUUGAGUUCACGGAAGCAGAGAAUAGACGAGUCUUUGCUGGGGCUUGCGACAGCGUGACGCAGAUCCACAAAUUGAUCGCAGGAAAUAUAAGGCAGUUGACCGAAGAACAUGUGAGACUCGAAAAGGUGAGGCCAAGGUUACACAGAGGU